CGAGCUUUAGGAAGUAAUGUGACGGGGGGCAGGCUACUUCCGCCGGGGAUGUACAGCGCAGCAGCACUUGUAAAUAGAUAGAGCGUCCCCCUCUCCGGCCAUGACACCCGUCUGUUCACAUCUGUAAUAAAACAUAUCAUACUAACGAGAAAAAAAAAAAGAAAAAAAAAAUCGCAAAACUGAAAAAAAGAAACAAUUAAAACGCUACAAAGACGGACACAAGUCGCUAGGAAAGUUUCUGAGUUGUCCCCACAGCCUCCAUGCAUACUCACUACCCCCGGGUCAGCAUGAAGCCUGAGAUCAUCGCGGCGGUGGGAUUCCUCUCCAAGUUCUUGAGGACCAAGGGACUAAUGAACGACCGGGAGCUGCAGACCUUCAACCUGUCCCUGCAGGAGCUGCUAGCAGAGCACUACAGACACCACUGGUUUCCAGAGAAGCCGUCCAAAGGCUCAGCUUAUCGCUGUAUUCGGAUUAACCACAAAAUGGAUCCCUUGAUCGGGCAAGCAGCAGACCGGAUUGGACUGAGCAGCCAAGAAAUGUUUAAACUUCUGCCAAGUGAACUCACCUUGUGGAUUGAUCCCUAUGAAGUAUCGUAUCGCAUUGGCGAGGAUGGUUCCAUAUGCGUGUUGUAUGAAUCUGUACCAUUAGUGGGCCAAAAUAGUAGCUCGUCCCUUGUGGAGAGCAGAAUUAGCUGUAAAGAUGAACUCCUCAUCGGUCGAACGAGCCCCUCCAAAGUCUACAACCUGAUGACUGUAUCUGGUUAAGAUACGGUUGAAGGCUGUAUCAUCUUGUAACAGAUGGAAUAAUAUUGUCUUUAAUUUGGGAGGGCUCCUAUGGGGAUGGAUUGUGAAGUUUCAAAUGUCACAGCUGUGAAGAUUGGGCACAAAAUAGAAGUAGAACUUACUGACGUGAAAUUGCCAUGGUUUGGACAGUACCUUUUUGGUCACCUAAUAGCCUGUAUGUAAAGGUAGUAAAUAUUUCUCACUGGACGUUGGGCCUAGUGAUUCUACUUGUAGUAGGGUAGAGCCACACUGUGUACCGUGCACCUAUAGAUCAUGUGAUCACACCAGUCAGCACUUGAAAACAUGUCAGCGUGCACAGGAGGCUUUAUCUCGGAGAUCAAUGACCUCUAGGAUUAGAUCCGGACAGUAUUCACCAGGUAGCCUGGACACGGUCAGCUGACACGUGUAGGACACACAAGGUUGUACUCACCCUACAUCUGUGAACCCAAAGCUCAGAGUAUUUGUAAAAUUUAAUUUUUCUCUCUGCAAUUUCCUGCAGAACAUAACUUGCACUAAUGGUUUUUAAUGUUCCUAUCUCUGGCAGCUCAAUGGCAAGGCGAGGAGUUGAGAAUAUGACACUUACUGGAGUUGUACAUGGCAGACAUAUGUUGCACUGAAUAUAGGUAUAGUUGUACAGUAUGUAGAACUGGGAGGAUCCUCCUGGUCUGCCUAUAUAUAUAUAGAUAUAUAAAUAUACUUGAUGAUCCUUUAUAUUGUGACAUGAACUUGAAAGUAUUGAACAUAUUUUCUGCCUUGACCACAGGCUUUUAAGGGGUAACUCCGCUGCUCAGUGUUUGGAACAAACUGUACCGAACGCUGGCGCCAGGAGCUCGUGACGUCAUAGCCCCAUCC